CUCCGAACCGCGCCGGGAUUUAUUCUUCUCCUUUUGGGAUUUAUAUUUUUUAAUUAUUCGCCGGUGGGAACGCGGCCCCCGGGGGGGUGCCCCCCCCCCCCCCCCCGCAUACACACACACACACCCGCACCGCUCGGUUGGCUGCUCCCCGCGUCCGCCGCUCUUUGUCCCGCACCGACCGACCGAUCGCUCCUCCCUCAGGCCGCAUGGAGCCGCAGCCCGGCGCUCGGAGCUGCAGCCGCGGGGCCGCCCCCUGCGAUCCUCUCCCCGCGGAGCGCCCCGUCCACCUCUGCAUCCACACCACCACCGGGGCGCGGUACGAAGUGGCCGUUCCUCCGGACGAGACGGUGGAGGGGCUGAAACGGCGGCUGUCGCAGCGCCUUAAGGUGCCCAAGGAGCGCCUGGCGCUGCUGCACAAAGACAGCCGCCUCAGCUCCGGGAAGCUGCAGGACCUGGGGGUGGUGGAAGGCAGCAAACUGACGCUGGUGCCCACCGUAGAGGCCGGCCUGAUGGUGAGUGCCCCCGUGUGACCCCCCCGCCCCCUC